AUGCGGGUGUGGGACGGGUCCGGGCCACAGCAAUUUGGCUAUCUGGGCACGGGCACAUCCACGGUUAUCCACCCGAAAUGGAAGCAGGUUUGGCUCUCCUUGUUCCCCGCCAGUCGCAGUGGAAUGGGUCGGUUGGAGAUCCAGGUCAUGGGAGAGUCGAAGGGAGGGGUGAGGAAACACCAUGCUCCCCAACUGGACAGGAAACUGAAGGUGGUCCGACUGUCAGACAUCCUCAGUGUCUUCAGAUUGCCUCCACAAGCAGAGGCCUGCCCCAAGGAGAACAUGGCGGCGUUCUGCGUGGAGACUGAAGAAAGAACGUGCAUCUUCGCCACAGUUAAAGACGAGUGUGCAGACUGGGUGGAGAGGAUAUGUGACGUCGCUUUUCAGAGGGGCAGUGUUUAUGGUUUAAAGUCUCAGCUGCAGAUGGAGGAGAAUGAGAUCUAUGCCUUGACGGAUGAAGUGUGCGAGUUCUCAGUGGUGGUGCAACCCACCGAGGCAGCAGUACGCUGUGGCCUGCAGGGGGCGUACUGGCUACAGGUGGGACGGGACGGCCUGGUUCUCAGAGAAGUAAACAAGAAGAGGGCCAGUGUCUGGGGCUGGCCCUACAGGCUACUGAGAAGAUAUGGAAAAGAUGAGCUUUCCUUAUCCAUUGAGGCUGGGAGACGCUGCCAGUCUGGUCCGGGAACGUUCACCUUUGAGACAGUGCAGGCUGGCAAGAUUUUCUCCAUUAUCGAGAAUGCGAUCAAACAAGAGAGGGCUUCAGUGGUCACAACAGGACACCACCCCGCUGUCACUAUAAGCAACAAAACUGAAGAUGGUGAGAGGGUUGUGGCUGGCAGAACUGCCCAUUCCCCUCUGCCCAAACUACCCGACAUGAACAGUAUGGCUUCCAUUCUAGCAAAAAAGAAACCUGCUGACUUCUCUCAGUCGACAGAUUUGAAUGGUCAGUCAGAGUGUCUGUAUGCCGAGCCAGCAGAUUCAACUGUUUUACUGUUGCAGGGUCAAAGUGUGUAUUCUCAGCCUGCAGACAGGAUUUCUUCUGAUAAAAGUCCUGCUCCAAUUUCCCUGCUGCCUCUCCCAGAAGUCCCCUCACAUUUCACCUGCCCCGUGAUUCAGGCUGCUGCUCGCCAGUCAGAACCCUUAUAUGCUGAUCCAGUAGACUGUGUCCGCUCAUUGCCGAAGCCGGUACAUAAAGUGACCACCAGCUUGUACGUGGACCCUGCAAGCGUUCUUCCCCUAAAACCUCCAUCUUCUGCCAUCUCAACUCUUCCUCCUCUUCACGCCUCUGCUACUCCUGCCAGUUUCGAUCUGCUAGAUCCAGUCUACUCAGAGGUAUUUGACAAAGUCACUCCAACCAGAAAUAAACAGAAGCUGAUUCAGGACCAAAAGACGUCGGGAAAGUGUUUUGCCAAUGAAGAACCUAUUUAUGCUGAGCCCAUGAGAGAGACGACGAAAGAGAAAAGUGAAAAUGCCACCAAACCAGACCCCUUUGCUCACCUUUACGCAAAAGUCUGCAAACCGACAAACUCCUCCUUGUCUUCCUCCACGUCUACCUUCUCUGAAACUGACUCGUUCCCCUCCUCCUCCUCCUCCUCAUCAUCUGAUACUCCCUCGCUUUCGCCUUCCACCUCUUCCACUAUCACUGCUUAA